UUUUAAUUUUAUUUUAUUUUCUAAAUGGCAAGGUGGACAAUAAAAGGGCUGCAAGAAGGUGCAGUCUAUGCUGUGCAAGGCGUUGCCCUUGUGCUUCAAAACCCGAAUAUUCGCAAACAACGUUUUCUCAAGAUCUUUAUAUACCUUUCUAUUGUUUCGUUCAUUCUGUUGGGAUUAACCAACCUUCUAGUUGCGAUCCCUAUUCAUGUGGUGCGUUUUGUACUGUGGUUUUCUUCAAGUACGAAGGCUUCACAAGCGGAUGAUGCAUUAGAGUCAGCCAAUCGUUUUGUUCGUGAACUGGUCGCCUCAGUUCCUCUUUUAUCAUUAUUAUUUAUGCGUUAUAUAUAUCCCAAGCCCUUGGACGAUUUAUUUAUGGAAUCCUUACGUUUUCUGGAUUCUACUGAGCCUAAUCGGGCACCUUAUGCUUCUGUGUUGGCCAAACAAAAAUUCAAGAGAAAUUACUGGGUGGAUAUGAAGGAAUACAUGUGGAGAAGUUGGAAAAAAGUGCGAAUUGGUAUGGUGUUACUGAUUUUAUCGUUUUUGCCAUAUGUCGGUCGAUUCGUUUUUCCUCUUGCUGGUGCCUACACUUCUUACAUGGCCUUAGGUAAAACUCAAGGUAUCGCUGUUGGUAUCUGCUUCUUCUUUUUACCUCGUUGGGCAACCAUGAAACUGAUUCGAGCUUUAAUCGGUAUGAGAUCAUUGAUGCGAGAAUUACUCGCUCCCUAUUUUGUUCGAAUGCGCAUGAGUCAUCGGGAAAAGAGAGCUUGGUUUAGUGGACGUAAGGAUGUUUUAUUUGGUUUCUCUGCCAUUGCAUACAUUAUCAUUAGACUUCCAAUUGUUGGUAUCCUUGGUUACGGCAUCGCUCAAGCCGCGGCUGCCUACAUGCUAACGGUAGUUACAGACCCUCCAUCCAAUGACGUCAAAAGCCAUCCAUCUGCUGAUGAUUUGACCGCACCAGAGAAGACAUUAGACAAAAUAGACUAGGCGCAGUUUAAAUAUAUUUUGCUGUCAAACCAUGAAAUAAAUGUGACCUCAGUGUAUUUUGUUUAUCUACACCUUUUUCUCUAU